AUGACACGUGACGAUUCGCUGUCAACGAUGCGGGCUGUGUUCUACGCUGGCCACAACGCCUUCCGCCAGAAGGUCGCAAUAGGUGAAAAAGUGGCCGAUAUCGAGUACAAUAACUCUCCCCGUCUGAUGUCAGGAAUGACAUACGAUUGCGACCUGGAACAAAGGGCGAGGGAAGUGCUAAAUUAUGGUCCAAACUAUCCAAUGAGCGGAUAUUCCAUCAAUUACAAAGAAGGCCCAGUUAUAAAGGCUGCUAAUUGGAUGUAUGAGUUGGCAGAUGUGGUGGACGAAUGGACCAAAGAGUACGACUCAAGGACACGACUUAUGCACCCAUAUGCACCUUAUAUGGGAUGUGCCUAUAGGCACCCGGCGGGACCUGAUGGAAAGAGCCUUUGGUUCAAACUAGCCUGCGUCUACACGAAUGAUCGUCCCAGAACCGAUGUACCCAAUACGGGAAUGGCAUGCAACAAGAAAGAAGACUGCUUAUAUUUCGGACAUGAUUACGAUUGCCUCGUCAAUCUUUGUUUUGCUCCAACUCGUACUGCUAUUUAUAAUUGA